CUGAUAAACCCUUGAAAGACAAUAAUCUCGUGCGCGAGCAAACUCCAAUAAUUUUGGGAUAAAAAUAGGCCAUCACCUUCCUUGUCGCAGUUUGGCAGCUGUCGUUUUCAAUCACCUUGGAAAAAAUCGUAAACGCUGAGAUAGACGGACAAGUUGACUGAUGUGUUGACCACAGAUAUUGACCCAACGACACCAAACGGAGAGAGAAAUGUGGCGACGGAUCUCGGAAGACGACGGAGUUGAACACUGAAUGUGAAACAUUGCUGAAGAUUGUUCAAGAUUGGCCGGAUUUGCAACAAACACAGGCACAGUAAAUCAAGAUUAAAGUGGAUUGUCGGGUGUUGACUGACUGUCAGAUACUGGGCGUCAUCAAGGGCACACAUGGCCCAUACAGUGCAGGACCACCAGAUGGCACAGCCCCAGGCAGCAGUGUUGUCUCUCCCUCCCUCCGGCCAGGCUAAAAGAUGGACAGUGUUGGACUCCCUGCUAUGUGGAGCAUUGGCAGGAGCCGUGGCCAAAACAGUCAUAGCUCCUCUGGACAGAACCAAGAUCAUCUUCCAAGUGUCUUCACAAAGAUUCUCUGCUAAGGAAGCCUUUAGACUCCUCUACUGUACAUACAUGAAAGAUGGCUUCCUCAGUCUGUGGAGGGGCAACUCUGCCACCAUGGUGCGGGUCAUCCCCUACGCUGCCAUCCAGUUCUGCUCCCACGACCAGUACAAGAGAAUCCUGGGGGGAUACUAUGGCUUCCAGGGAAAAGCCCUUACUCCUUUUCCACGUUUCCUGGCAGGGUCGUUGGCUGGCACCACAGCUGCCAUGCUCACCUACCCCCUGGACAUGGUGCGGGCCAGGAUGGCAGUGACUCCCAGACAAAUGUACAGCAACAUUAUGCACGUGUUUGUGCGCAUUACGCAGGAGGAGGGCAUUAAGACCCUGUACAGAGGCUUCUGCCCAACCAUCCUGGGAGUGAUCCCAUACUCAGGAAUCACCUUCUUCACAUAUGAGACCCUCAAGAAACUGCAUGCAGAGAGGACUAUGCGGUCCCAGCCGUACUCCUACGAGCGUUUGGCAUUUGGCGCGUGUGCUGGUCUGCUCGGCCAGUCGGCCUCUUACCCACUGGACGUGGUUCGCCGACGCAUGCAGACGGCCGGGGUGACGGGCCAACAGUACGGCAGCGUCCUGAACACCAUGAAAGCGAUCAUGGUGCAGGAGGGUGUGGUGCGUGGACUCUACAAGGGCCUUAGUAUGAACUGGAUCAAAGGGCCUAUCGCUGUGGGGGUCAGCUUCACUACCUUUGACCUCAUGCACAACCUCCUGCACAAGAUGCACCAGUUGGGAUACUUCACACACUGAGCCAGCAGAGGGAGCCAGAGGAAAGGUUCACUGUCAAGACUAGUUGUCGUCCGUCGGUCACAGACACAAUAUGGAUCCUCUGCAAGUCAGAGAUUGAAAGGGGAGAGUGGAUACUGGACAGACAGGAGGAGACAGAAGCUGUCAGUUUAUUUAAGCGCACAUCCUCUGACACACAUUAAGCACGCACAGACCCCCCACUCUUGCUGUUGAUGGAUGGGAUGUCUGUACUAAGGCUACAAUAAGUGUCAUCAAACAGGGUAGAUGUUUGAUGAGUUUGCAAUAUGAGAGAUGAGAAUGUGAAGGAUUUUACAUUUCCAGUCCUGAUAUUUGUUUGAGAUUGUGGUAUUAUCUCUGGUAAGGGCACUUAAUGGGGCUGGAGAUUAUCAGAGGCGAAGAACUUUACAAUCGGUUCAUUUUAGUAUGGAAUUUUAUCAACUAUACUCACAAAGUUUUCUGUUGAAGAUUCACUUAUAUUUUCAACCAUGCAUUGCUGCUUUUUCUUCUUGAUUAUCUCAAGGCUUGUUGCAGCUGUAAUCCGCUGCUCUGCUCACUUCUGCAUUUAGCAUCAACGUUUCAUGGAAGAGUCACCUAGUGGGCCUUGCUGCCAGAAAAUAGUUUCUUGGUUGCUGGUAGUUGGGAAUGUAGUCUUAUUUCAAAGAGCUUGUCUCUGUUUUGUUACGGUUAAAAAUGUCAAUUUUAUGACGUGCCAAGAUGGAAUGUACUGUCAGGAAAAUUAUUGGCACCCUUGAUAAAGUUGAGCAAAUACUGUAUAACAAGUACUGAGCUAUAAUGUAUGCUCAAAUGAGAAUUCUAUUUUAUACUAAUACAGUUGCUCAGUGACAGAUUUUGUUUAUCAAGUAAUAUUUUUUUCUCCAAAAAAGAUAGGUCAAAAUUAGUGCCACACUUCUUGUUUUCAAUACAUCUCCUUGCGAGGAUAACGACACUCAGCCCUUUUCUACGAUGUUUGAUGAGAUUGGAGAACACAUUGGGAGGGAAAUUGGACCAUUCCUCCAUACAGAAUAUUUCCAGAUCCUUGAUUUCCUUGAUCUGCGCUUAUGGGCUACCAUUUUCAAUUAAAACCACAGGUUUUUCCAUGUGGUUCAAGUCUAGAAACUGAUGGCCAUUGCAAAAUGUUGAUUUGUGUGGUCAAUUAACUGGUGUGCGUGGCCAAAGAGCUCAAUUGUCAUGUCAUCUAACAAAUGGAGGCUCUUGUUAAGGUCAACGGCAGCAUGAACUUUACCCAGUACAAGGACAUUUUAGCCCAAAACCUGAUUGCCUCUUCUAGGAUGCUGAAACUUGGCCACAAGUGGAUCUUCCAGCAAGAUGAUAACCCCAAGCACACAUCAAAAUCCACAAAGUAAUGGUUAAUUGACCACAAAAAUCAACAUCUCAGUCUCCGGACUGGUUUAAAUUGAAGAGGGCAGACGAAGGAUAUCGAGCAAGGAAGGAUUCUGUAUGGAGGAAUAGUCCUCCCAAUGUGUCAAUCUCAUAAAACAUUUUAGAGAAAGGCCCUGUGACAUUCUCCUCUGCAAGGCGAGUUUUUAAAACUAGUGAUCAUUUUUACCCGUCGUUUAAGAAUUUUUUUUUUGUAUUGUUAUAUUUUGUUUAUCUGAGCAAUUGCAUUAGUAUAACAUUUGUAAAAAAAAUAAUAAUUCUCCAUUGGACCUGACCGUCGGUGUGCAAUAAUGCCCUCACGUUAAUGAGACAGAGAGGGUGAUAUCAUAAAUAGUUUAUUUUUAUUAACAACAUGCCUGCAGUCCCUCACACACACUGAAUGCCAUCUUCCAUUUAAACAAACUGAAGCAUUUCAGGCAGGAGGCCACAGGUGUGUGCAAUCAGCAUAUUAGCAAGGCUCGCAAGCAGUCAGCUGACAAUAAAGGGACAUGUCACUCAUUCGAACGUUCAAACCAACAGUUAAAGGUUGUGCUGAUGAAUAAAGAUGAGUUUAUUGGAUUUGCAUGUGAUAAUGGAUUGACAAUUUAGCUAGGAUCCUAGAUAUAUAAAUACAUUCAUUCAUUUUACAGUGAAGGCUACUCCUUCACAGUCAGUAAUCGUUUCAGCCUGACUGCACAGUUUCACUAUCUGGUGUCUAUAUAUAUAGAUUUGUAGUGUCUAACUGGAAUCUAAUGGAUAUCAUCCAUAUUUUCCCACUACAUGUAGCCUAAGGCAUAAAUAUAUAAUCAGUAUAUUUCUAAUAUUAAAGUAGUCUUUCUAUCGUCUGUAGUCUUAUUGUGUAGGAAAUCCAGUUUGUCAUAAAUCUGUUUCUAUGUUUAUUGAUACUUUACACAAGAAUUUUACUACACCUGCAAUAACAUCUGCUAAAUAUGUGUAUGUGACCAAUAAAAUUGGAUUUGUUUGACUUGA